AUGUAUUAUUCGAUCUUGCCCCACGUGACGGGUGGUUAUUGCACUGUUUAAAGCCUCUGGCGGCGAUUCAAAUUUCUGCUGUCAGUUCUUCGUUGGCGAGGGCUAGAAUAUCCGAGUCGUGGCCAUCGGAACAGGAAACACGAGUGCAUCCUUGUUGCCUUUUUUUGGCGCGUGUAAUGGUUUCCAUGUUAUUUCUCUGAAUGAAGAAAUAAAACUAGUGGGAGAAGAGCUUUUUUCAUGAUGCAAGACCAACGGUAGGUUUAUCCGGCAACACAAUUAGAAGACGGAGAAAAAUGCUGCAUGCCGAGAUGAGAGCUGGGGACAUGGGAACGGAAGGGAAGGAAAGCCUCCUCCUAUUAUUACACCCCCGGAGGCGUCAGGAGAGCCACCCACACGCAUGCGCGCCCUGGCCGCGCCGCGCGGGGACAGGGGCUCCCCGGUUGACCGCCCCGGUAUUAAGCGCGGCCCCCGACCGGGCCCUGGGUCCCCGUACUGCAUCGCGAGGAGGAGGGAGCUCGAUCCCUUUGCACGCACGUAUACGUACGAGAUCUCUCACCAAAUGGACGCCCGCCGCCUGCUCCUCGUCUUCGGUCUGCUCGCCGCCGCGGCGCCGCUGGCCUCCGCGGGGGAUCUCAGCCUCGACUUCUACAAGUCCUCCUGCCCCGACGCCGAGAAGAUCGUCACCGCCACCAUCGAGAAGAAGAUCAAGGAGGAGCCCGGCACCGCCGCCGGCCUCCUCCGCCUCCUCUUCCACGACUGCUUCGCCAAUGGCUGUGACGCGUCCAUCCUGAUCGACCCGCUGUCGAACCAGAGCGCGGAGAAGGAAGCCGGGCCCAACAUCUCCGUCCGGGGCUUCGAGAUCAUCGACGAGAUCAAGAAGGAGCUCGAGUCCAAGUGCCCCAACACAGUCUCCUGCGCCGACAUCGUGGCGCUCAGCGCCCGGGACGCCGUCAAGCUGGCCGGCGGGCCAUCCUACGACCUCCCCACAGGCCGCCGCGACUCGCUCGUCUCCAACCGCGAGGAAGCCGACAACAACUUGCCCGGGCCCGACAUCCCGGUCCCGAAGCUCAUCAUGGACUUCGUCGACAAGGGCUUCACGGCCGAGGAAAUGGUCGCCCUCCUGGCCGGCGGCCACAGCAUCGGCCAGGUCCGGUGCAUCUUCAUCGAGCCCGACGCCACGCCCAUGGAGCCCGGCUACCACGCCGCCAUCAGCAAGCUCUGCGAUGGGCCCAACCGGGACACGGGGAUGGUGAAGAUGGACGAGACCACGCCCAACGUGGUGGACGGCGGCAGCUACUUCGAUCUUGUCCUGGCGAAAAAGAUGCCGCUCACCAUCGACAGGCUCCUGGGGCUGGACUCCAAGACGAUGCCGAUCAUCAAGGAGAUGUCGUCCAAGCCCGACCAGUUCGUGCCGCUCUUUGCAAAGUCCAUGGAGAAGCUCAGCGCGCUCAAGGUGAUCACGGGGAAAGACGGCGAGAUCAGGAAGACUUGUUCAGAGUUUAACAACCCCGUGGCAGCAGACAGCGGGGCGUCCGUGAUCCGGAUCAGCUCCGUGGACCCGGAGGACCUCGAGGGGCUGUCGGCUGGCGGGACCCACGUGUCGGAUGGCGUCUCGCAUGGGACACUGGAGCCCGAGAAAGGCGCGGGGAGCGGCGGCGCCGCCCCGGCCGGGAAGGGCGCCGGAGAGGGGAAGAAGCACCACAAGGGGAAAGGCCACCUCAAGCUCCGCGGCGGAGGCUAAGUACGUAGACGCCGUCUUGCACGUACGCACGGCGGGAUUUUGAUAAAAAAAAGAAAGCCGCGCCGCGCGCUCGAUCUACUGCUGCUACGGUACUAGCUGUCGUCCCCGUACGUCUCCUUCCGCUCCGGCCGCCGCCCCGCCAUGGGUCUCGAUCGAGUUGCAGUUUUGCUUUUUUUUUUUCCUUCUUCUUUCUCUCGCGCGUUCUUGUUUUGUUCGUAGAAGGGACGAGCGACGUACGUACAGUGGUAGGACUACGUACUACGGCUGAUUAAUUUUGGGAUUACUAGUAAUAGGUUUGAUUUUGCAGCUGAUUAUCGCCGUGUCGAAUUUUUAACAGCGACCGGUCAAAUUCGUCAUCGUGUUUGGUUCUACUGUUCUUUGGCUGCUCAAUUUAAUUGGGCGCCGAAUAAAAAUGUAUCAUUUUCGUUUACGUUUCUGAUCUAUGUACACAGAAUCAUAUAGUACAUCAUACAGUGUACUACUUCUUCUUGAUAGAUAAAUAUACAUCAUACGGUUUUUUUCU